AUGGAGAGUCUUGACCACUUUAAUUUAUCAAGCAUUGACGGAUACUCAAAAAGAAAAGAAAAAAGAAGCCAAACACAUAUCGAAAAUGAAAGGGAUAGGUAUUUACACCUAACUCCUCAUCCUUAAUCAAAUGAUUUUCAUAUAUUAAAUAUUUCAUAUAAUAAACUAAUAAAAAAAAUAAAUCUAAACCCAAUCCUUGAAAAACUUUGCUGGAUGUUCAAUUAAGUGUGAGGAAGUAAGGCAAAAAUAUGAUGAGCUUCUUGAGUACUGUACUCAUAGUAAACUUUAUUAUGAAGAAGAAAUCAGAAGACUUAAGCUUGAAGUAAAUGAGCUUAAAGGCUCCAAAAAGUAUAAUAAAAGCAACGAAAAAGAUACAGAGAUCUUAAAAGAGCUACACGAAAUUAAAUCAAAAAUUUCUGGGCUCCAAAAGCGUAAUUAA